CAAGUGCUCCAACCAACCCUCGCUAGCCAAUACCAGUCAAGCUUUGCAGCAUGACGUCACCCUUCGCAUGUAUUUGGAGAACUGUGAGAGAAAAACGCUCGCCGUAGAAGACGUGAUGAACCAUCUUUUGUGACAGACAAUGGAAAUUAAUCAAACAAGAACUGAGACUGGCGACUUGAAAAUGUCGGCCAUUAGUAAUGGUUACCCAGGAGAUGAGGAGCAAGACGGGAUGGUCUUCGCCAACCCCUCCCACAAUGAUGACGUGUUGGUGUCGAUACAGACGCUGCGGAAGAGCCAGAAAUUCUGCGACGUCAAACUGGUUGUUGAUAACCAUGAGAUUUUUGCCCACCGAGCUGUCCUUGCAUCUAGCAGCGCCACCUUGUUCGAUCUGUUUUCCAAGGGAGACGACACCAUCCAGACAAGCAGCAUGGUGAAGCUGAAAGAUUUCAAAUUCAACGGAUUCAGCUACUUGUUAGACUAUAUGUACACAGGAAGACUGACAGUUCCAGCCGAGGAUGUUCGAGAAGUCUACGCGAUGGCUCGACGCUUGAAAAUCAUCAGCGCCGUGGAUGCCUGUGCCGACUACCUGUCAUCGACCUUGACCCCUGUCAACUGUCUAGACGUACGUAUGUAUGCCGAAGAUGAACAUUUCCGCAGCAGAAUCAACGCGUACAUCCAGGACAACAUCUGUGCCAUCACUAGCAACAAACGCUUCUUUGGGUUGCCAAGGAUACAGCUUGAGAUUAUUGGUACGGACGAAUCAUUCUUCACAUACUGCAAUGAGAAACAGUUGUUUGACCUUGCCCUUGACUGGGUCAAGGCAAGUGUGGAUGAAGUCAAACCGAAGUUUGAUCGCUUGAUAGAAAAGGUGAACGUUCUGUAUCUGUGUGCGGACAACGUCCUCCGAGACUGCAAGGACAUUGACGAUGAAAUUUUUCGUCAGGACAUGACAGUACAGGACUACAAGAAACUAAUGAGAAAACAGAGUGGUAUCGAUGAGUCCAGGAUUCAGUCCUCGUCAAAUGGGAAACAACAGCAACCCUUCCACAAGUUCAAUAUUGAACCCGAAAUGCCGAAAAAUCACCGCGAGUGGUCAGUGGUAGCUGGACACAUGACGAAAGAGCACACGUUCCUGUGUAUGGUGAUGUUGGGCAGCGAGAUGGUGACUCUCUCCAUCCACUUCCGCAUGCCACAGUCCAGUCCGUACAGCAGCAGCUCCGAGGGGCCUGACUCCCCCAUCCACAGCAAGAGCAGGACCAACUCCUUCGACCGCCUUGGACCCCAUGCUAUACUGGCCACCAUGAGCACCCCCAGGUGUGCCUUCGGGAUCCGGGCCGUCAAGGGGAAGAUCGUGGCAUGUGGAGGGUAUGAUCGGGGCGAAGUGAUGAAGUCAGCUGAGAUCUAUGACCCUGAGACCAAUGCCUGGAGAAAGCUGCCCCCCAUGAGACAAGCUCGGGGUAGAUUCACAGCUGCUCACCUUGACGGAAAACUGUACGCCAUUGGUGGAUCGGACGGACACAAUGAACUGUCAGCAGUCGAGUGCUUUGACCCAGAGACGGAGACGUGGAGCAAUGUGGCCAGUGUACACGAGGCUCGAGCUUCACCAGGGGUAGCUGUACUGAAGGGAAAGAUCUACUGCGUUGGCGGUAGCUUUGGACAAAAUAGCCUGCGCAACUGUGAGGUGUACGACCCUGCAACCAAUAUCUGGUCUCGUAUCGCAUCACUCAAUUCAGGGAGGUUCCAGGCCUGUGUCAGAGCCUUCAAGAACCGACUGUAUGCCGUGGGUGGCACUGAUGGCUGGAAUGUCUUUAACACGGUGGAGGUAUAUAACCCAGACAAGGAUGUGUGGGAAUACGGCCCUUCCCUCAACGUGGCAAGACGUGGUGCUGGCAUCGAGGCCUUUAAUGGGAAGCUGUACAUUGUCGGGGGCAGUGACGGAACACAGUCUCUGAAGACAACCGAGGCAUUUGAUCCUAGGGAACAACAGUGGACUUUCAACCCUGCCCUCAACACUCCCCGAGCUAACGUUGGUGCCGCAAUCAUUGACAACAGGUUGUUUGCUGUGGGAGGGUUCAGUGGCAAGCAUUUCCUUGACAACAUGGAAUACUUUGACGAAGAACACCAUGAGUGGAGCAUCUUCGAACCAUUCUCACAGUCACGGUCAAGGUCAAUGUCAAACGCAAGUGACAGUUCAGGCAACAGUCUGUGUAAUGGCAACAAUGGCACAAAUUGUGCAAUUGAGGACACUAAUGGCGCCAAUGGUGUGCCAAAGGGCUUUAAAGAGCAACCAUGUGGCCCAGCUACCGUCAAUGGUCAUUAGCUGUUGGCAAAGCCUCCCGGCUAAAGAUUGGGGGAGAAAAUGAAUAUUUUUGUGAACAUAUUUCAUAUCCUUGAAAUUUGUGGUAUAUUUUGUCAUUUCAGGUAUAUUUAUUCAAAUGCCUUUUUUUUAAGAAGCACUAAUGAAGUCAGUUAUGGAACCGUUAUUCAACCUAAAUGCGUAUUUGAAGACUUCAGAAGGUGUGAUAGAUAGGUUUAGGUUGGAAGGUUAUUUUCUAUGAACAAGUAGUACCCUGCCUAUACUACCCAAUGUGGGACCAUUUUCUGUUGUCGGCAGGAUUAACAUCCAUGUAACAAAUUUGGACAGUUUUCAGAUAAUUACAGGCACAUGUGGACAUUCUUCAGAUAGUGGCAGGCUUGGACAUUCUUCAGAUAGUGGCAGGCUUGGACAUUCUUCAGAUAGUGGCAGACUUGGACAUUCUUCAAAUAGAUCAAAUCUGCACAUUCUUCAGAUGGAGGAACGUAGUGUAUAUUAACUUGGGAAGUAACGAUGAUGAAAUCUCAUUCAGAAAGUAUUAUCAAGUGAGACAAUAUUUUUGUAAAAAUGGUUUUGAUGGAAAGUCAGUCAAGAGUCUGAUGGUCAAAAUUUAUUACACAUUGUAUGUAUGAGGUGGUACAGCAGUCACUUGUGUCUCACGUCCAAGCUAAGAUCCUGAGUUCAAAUCCCAUAAUUAAAGAUAUUUCUUGGUUUGUCUUCACCAUACCUGUGCUUGUGAGUUUCACCUUCUCUUCUGGCUUUCCUUUCACAUCAAGGAGACACACCAUGAUGUCAAUGUUCAAAGUGGUGUUAAAGUGGUAUUAAACUCACUCACUCACUCACUCACUCACUCACUCACUCACUCAGUACAGUGUAGUCCUAUUUCAGCUGGAGAAGCCAGCAAGACGCCAUAGUAAACCCUGCAGUGCCAACAUAACCACCAUUACGUUUCUAUCGGAAGAAUUAUGAUAGUUUAAACCAAGUUCCACCAAUAUGAUUAAGUGAAAUAUGUUGCAUAUCUUGUUGAAAAUACAUUGUCUGUAAUGAACACCAUGGGAUCUAUCAAAACUUUGAGCCUUUCAAUUGCAAAUAUGGGGAAAAUUUGUCAUAUUAAGACUUGGGUUAAUUUACUGAUCUUCUUUUUUGUAAUUUCAGAAUUUUCUUUCGAAAUUGGGAAUGUUUAUGGGAAAUUCUAAUUGUUAUUUGCCACAAAUUUAGGGAGGGUGAACAGCCCUAGAUAAAUUCUUGAAAACGGGACCCCAAAUACUAGAGUAAUUUCUAACUUCCUAAAUAUUAUGCUAGUAUCUGUUUGAUGCCGCUUGUCAUGAUCGGCUCCACUGGCUUAACCAGUUUCCACCAUUUCCAGAAAACUGUUUUGAUGUAAGCAUACUUGGUAAGCGACCACAGAUUAAAAUCAGCUUGAAUUUGUAUGAAAAACAUACAUGUAUAAUAUUCACUUUCUUGUCAAAUGUUUGGCAAAGUUGUAUGCAAAGUUUAGCAAAGGAAGGACUUUAGUGUUGUUUAAUGUCUAUCUUUUCUCACAAAUCAUGGCUUAGAAUUGUAACUGCUCAAAUAAAAUUAAGGUUAUUUUCAUAUUUAUCAAUUGAGAGCAUUUAUAUCUGUGUGGCAUAUGAUUUUCAUCAUUUAUAUGUAGAUUGCGUGUAAACGAACUCAUUUGUAAAUAUGUGUGCUGUGAAUCAAGUUAUUUUUCCUGAACAAAUGUCUGUUAAAGACAAGAUAUCCUUUGUGAAUUAAUCAUGAACUUCACAACUCAUGACCUUCAGUUAUCGGUUUUACCCGUUACCUUGUUACCUCAGUUGAUGCAGGCAAACAGAACUGGAAAGUCCUUCUUCGGGAAUGAACACCAUUGUUCUGCCUAGGUCAUAGAGCACAGGUGGUCUUGGUGGUGCAAGGGUCUGAUGAGUGUUGGUUCGAAUCUCAGAUUCACCCAUAUAAUGAGUCGUCGGUCACUCAAUUUACUAAAGUGGUGGACAUCUUCAAUUUGCAUUAUAAUCAUACCUGUGAGUUUUAACCAAACUGGCCCCGAUUUCUUGAAACAAACUUAAGUCUGAGUUUUGACUUAAGUUAGAGUUUUUACUCAAAUUUGAGAAAAAGCAUUUCCCAAAA